UGUCCACUGAGGAAAUGAAUAAAAUAUAACCCCAUACGUUGAACAACAAUUUGGCAGAUAUCCUUGCCAUAUGCAGAGACCAGAGGCUGAAUGUCUUCGCUUAUAAAUACUGCCUCCGCUUUCAGGCUCUCUCGUUCAUUGGCUUCUUCUUCUUCUUUCUUUUGCCCACAGCCCCGACUAUUCCUCUCUUCGUCUUUUGCUCUUCCUCCCCGUCCAAUCCCUCACUUCUCCCUCACUUCCCUGAGGGCAUCUGUGUCUUUCCGUACCGAAGCUGCAUCCGCCACCGCUACCAUGGGUGACGCUCCCGACGCUGGCAUGGACGCUGUCCAAAGGCGCCUCAUGUUUGAGGAUGAAUGUAUUUUAGUGGACGAGAAUGAUAAUGUUGUUGGCCAUGAAUCCAAGUACAACUGUCACUUGUGGGAAAAGAUCCUAACUGGAAAUAUGCUGCAUAGAGCAUUCAGUGUAUUUUUGUUUAACUCAAAAUAUGAGUUGCUCCUUCAGCAACGAUCUGCAACAAAGGUAACAUUUCCUCUUGUGUGGACAAACACCUGUUGCAGCCAUCCUUUGUACCGUGAAUCUGAGCUUAUUGGAGAGAAUUUUCUUGGGGUGAGGAAUGCUGCACAAAGGAAGCUUUUGGACGAGCUGGGUAUUCCUGCUGAAGAUGUUCCUGUUGAUCAGUUUAUCCCUCUGAGUCGCAUACUCUACAAGGCACCUUCUGAUGGCAAGUGGGGCGAGCAUGAACUUGACUACCUACUAUUCAUUGUCCGAGAUGUUAAUGUUCAUCCAAAUCCCGAUGAGGUAGCGGAUGUGAAAUAUGUGAACCGUGAUCAACUGAAAGAGCUGUUGCGCAAAGCUGAUGCUGGCGAGGGAGGUCUGAAACUGUCACCUUGGUUCAGACUUGUUGUGGAUAAUUUCUUGUUCAAAUGGUGGGAUCAUGUUGAGAAAGGGACCCUUAAGGAGGCAACUGACAUGGAAACUAUUCACAAGUUGACUUGAAGAAAAGCAACACACAUCAUCAGCAAAGUUUGAUGGCUGUUCUGUGGGAAAGUUGUUCCAAUAAAUGCAGACUUGAAAUAGUUUUAAAAAUGUUGGUUUCUUCAUGUUUUCAGAUAUUGCUGUUACCCGCAUGACACAUUACAUGCUGCUAAAUUUGAGCUAAAUCUUGGAACUGGCUGGGCGUGUAUUUUAGAUUUGAAUUCAAUAAGAAACUUAUUUCUUGCUUUA